AAUCAAGAUAUCUCAAACAGGGAUAGAUACAAGAUUGAUGUGAACACGCAAAAUAGAAUCUAAUACUACUUUGUGUGAAUAAAACAAUUCAAGAACUGGUUAAUAAAAUAUAGUGGAUUUCUACUUUUCGAAUUUGGCCCAUUACAAUCGAAAUCGAAUGUCUUUGUCAAAUACCACCCCAGUAUGUUACGAUACCCAAAAUAGCUAACCUUCAAUUAUUUUUUCUAAUUUGGUGGGUUAACUUUGUAAUGAUCUAUUUAACCUAAUUAGUUUUGAUACCCAUUCUUUAACAUAACUUUAAAUAUAGGGUCAUUUUAGCUUUAACAACCGUAUCCAUGUCCGCUAAUUAUUAAAAAAUUUCAGAGGAAAUUUCCAUAUCUUAUUAAAUAGAUUAUAUGAUAUACGUGCCUAUGAUGCAAAUCCCAGAAUUUAUUGAUGGAGCAGUUAGCAGGACUUAAGAAUCUGCUUUACCACCAACUUGACGGCACAAAUAGACGUCAGCCUUUAUAUAAAUAUUCUGUGUAUAUAAAUUAGUGUUAUAUUUUGAGGAUUUAUAAUAAUCAUAUUAUUUUGGAAAAAUUAUGAUAAGAGAAAGGGACGCGUGGAAAGUGUGGGCAUAACAGGACACGGAGAAGAAAACCAUUGAUAAGAAAAGUAAAAGGAAUUCUAGGAAACGCGUUUGUUUGGAACUAAGAAUCUGAAGCGUUACCUGGAAGACAUCAUUAUAUCUUGCAGUGUUGGGUCCAAGGUCGUAAAGAUUAAGAAGCUGCACGACAAAACAAAGGGAGAAAGAGAUUAAGGAGAAGAAGAUCAUGUGUUUAGUGUUUGUGUGUGGAGAAGAUGAGAAGGUGUUGUCCAGGCAGCCAGCACCUGGUGCAUGCCCUUACUGCGGAGGGAUGAUCCAAGCUAUGGACGUAGAGACCCGAUGGAAUUUCUGUUUUCUGCCUUUAUACUUCAAAACCAAACGCAGGUAUUACUGCACCAUCUGCACCAGACCACUCGUCCUCCAAUAAUAUAUAUAUAUAUAUAUAUAUAUAUAUAUAUAUCAUAGGCCUUUUUAUUAUGUAUUUCUAGGGAUUUUAUUUUCUACUUUAGGGUUACUUUAGGGUUUGACAGGUACCAGAUAAUAUGCCAUAGUUUUUGUAUCCAUAUAUAUUACUUUUUCUGUGAAAUAUUUGAACCUGAUGUUAUCUACUCUCGUCCAUGCCUUUUACUUUCACUCACAGUUCUUCCAUGAUCUGAGAUUUUCUACUUUCCAGAUCAUUAA